AUUAAGUUUAAAGGAAAUGAUUGUGCAAAAAUAAUAACUAUAUAUUCAUAAAAAAUAUUAUAAUAAUAAUAUAACUUGAUUUUGUAAAUUCCUAGUCAUAAUGUGUAAAUUAAUUUUAAUAUUAUUUGCCAUUUACUUGUCGUCUGCAUGGAGCUCCAGAAUCAAAGAAGUAUUUAGUUUAAAACAAAUUUAUUUUUCACCCAUCAAUGCGACAACACUUAAAAAUGACACUAAACCUGAACCAACUAACGUAAUGCCAUUGGCUUUGGAACGAUGGCAUAAUAAAUUAUUUUUGGUCACACCCAGAUUCAAGCUUGAUGUACCAGUAACACUAUCAUACAUAAAUUUAACAAAUAUGGAAAGUUAUAAAAAUAACACACCUAUAUUAAUUCCCUAUCCUGAUCGGAAAAUGAAUGAAUUAUCUGAGCAUAAUUUUAAGUCGGUAGUCAAAGUAAGAGUGGACGUUUGCGACCGUUUAUGGAUAUUAGAUAAUGGAAAGAUAAACAACAGGCAAGAAAGUAUUCCUGUUAUACAUGUGUAUGACUUAAAAAAUGAUUUGCAUUUGAGAACAUUUGAUCUUGGACGUUUAUCAAUUAUAAAUUCAGAUAUCACCAACAUGGAAAUAGACGUAACAUCUUCAACUUGUGAAGAUGCAUACGCAUAUAUACCAGAUAGUGAAACUUAUCGAUUAUUGGUUUACAGUUGGAGGACUAAUGAGUCAAAUUCAAUAUCACAUAAUUAUUUUCAUUUUGAUCCUCUUUGUGGCGAUAUAGACUUGGGCGAAGUUCACUAUCAGUCUCAAAAAGGUUUAUAUGGAAUAACCCUAUCACCAACUGCAAGAGAUGGUUUUAGAACUAUUUACUUUCAUAGUAUUGCCAGUACAAUGGGGUUUGCAGUUAGUUCAAGAAUAAUACGUAGUGGAAAUUAUGAUAAGAAUGUAAAUGUAUACGAUUUUAAAGUGAUGGGAAAUAGAGGUACUAAUAAACAAGCUACAUCAUCAUCGUUUGACAUGGAAACUGGUGUUUUAUUUUAUGGGCUUCUUUUAAAAAAUGUUCUGGGUUGUUGGAACUCUUAUAGUGGAGAAGAAUAUAAUGAAUUGACUCAAGGUGUAAUAAGCUUGGACAAUAGUAUUGAUAUGUAUCCAGCUGACGUCAGAGUUGAUCGAACAGGAAAUCUUUGGGUAUUAUCAAAUUCAUUUCAAAUAUACAAUAAAAAGGAUUACGAUCAGAACCUAAUCAAUGUCAAAAUAUAUAUGACUCCAGUUCGACAAGUGAUAAAAGGAUCAAUUUGUGAUGAAAUGUAAUCAAUAGUAAAUAGAUACCUACCUGUUU